AUGUGGAUGAUAUUGAGUCUAUGGCUGCUUGCCAUUUCUCCAGCUCUAUCUGCCCCAGUUGGCGAGCCCUGUACUAACAAGAGGAACAAGUUACUGCUGAUCUCGUUUGACGGCUUCAGAUGGGAUUAUGACCGGGAUGUGGACACCCCAAAUCUAGACAAGAUGGCAAAGGAUGGAGUGAAAGCCACUUAUGUCACCCCACCUUAUUUAACCAUCACAAGCCCCUCUCACUUUACUUUGCUUACAGGACGUUACAUAGAGAAUCAUGGAGUAAUUCACAAUAUAUGGUUCAACACCACCACUCAAGAGAAGAAGCAAUACUACCAUGCACAAUUUGUUGAUGACUAUUGGGACAAUGGCAGUCUACCUAUAUGGAUAACAGCUCAAAGACAGGGUCUGAAGACGGGCUCCUUACAUUUUCCGGGCACUGCUGCCACCUAUCAGAAGGAACAGGUAGAAGUUAGUGAGGUGGAACCUCAGUACUAUGACUACACCAAUGAGACAGACUGGAGAGUGAAUGUGGAUAAGGUAAUGGGUGACUGGUUUAAAUCCCAGGAUCUGGACUUUGUCUCGCUAUAUUUUGGUGAACCAGAUCAUACAGGUCAUAAGUAUGGGCCUGAUACGCCAGAACGACGUGAUGCGGUCAGAAAGGUCGACCGCACUGUUGGCUACAUUUUUGAUGCUGCUAAGAAGAAUGGCCUUAUCGACCAGCUGAACAUCAUUAUUACUUCUGAUCAUGGCAUGACGACUGUGAUGAAAGGGGAUGGAGUCAAUAGAAUCAUUCUGUCUAAAAUCCCAGGCUUCUCCUUUAAGGACAUUAAAUUCCAGCUACUGGACUAUGGUCCUACCGGGAUGCUACUGCCUAAAGAGGGUAUGCUGGAGAAGGUCUAUAACACCCUUAAAGGUGCCCAUCCUAACCUGCAUGUGUAUAAAAAAGAAGACAUGCCUGGACGACUUCAUUAUUCAAAUAAUCCACGCAUUUUACCCAUCGCUCUCUAUGCUGACCCAGGAUAUGUCAUCAAUGGGCUUCUUCCAGUGCAGUCUGCUAAAGGAGAGCAUGGAUUUGAUAAUCAAGUCUUAGACAUGAAGGCGUUUUUCAGGGCAGUGGGACCAGACUUUCACAAGAACCUGCUAGUUGGACCAUUUGAGACGGUCAAUGUGUACCCAUUAAUGUGUCACCUACUGGGAAUCAAGCCUGAAAUCAAUGAUGGCUCUCUGGACAACACCAGACACCUUCUAGUCUCCAGUGGGCAAACAUGUGUUCCAAGAGAAUCAGAUGAGAUGAAUAUUCUCAUUGGUCUGGCUGCAGUGGCUGCGUUUCUGGUGGUUGUCUUUAUUGCUGUUACAUUUUACAACAUCCACAAGCGACGAAAAGCAAACAACAAAAGACAUGAUGCUAAAACAAAGAGCAAAGACAAGACAGACUCCAAGCAGACAACGCUGUGA